GUGACGCAACGCGGAGAAAUAUCUCAGCAACCCUUGAAUGUCCAAGCGCACUUUUUCCAGUUGACAUCUCGCGCGCGUUGAAAACUAGAAAAAAUGGCCUCCGAGCAACCGGAAGUGGACCCGCCAAGGCGAACCCGCAGCCAGACGGCAUUCUUCCGGCGAUAUUUGACGCUAUGCAAGGCGAAAAAUGUCCAGCCGUUGGGCGAGCUGAUCGGAACUUGUGGUGAUGGUGCCGCGGCCGCGAUGUGCCGCAAGCGGCCACGGGAUGGCACCCGGAAGUUGUACCCGUCGAUUGAGUUUUACGGCGAUCGGUUCAAGGAGGCGGACUGGCAGCUGGUGAUCGGAGCGCUGGCCGAGGACACCACGCUGCAGAUGGUGGCCAUUCGGCUGAGGAAGGUUUUUGAUGGGCUCCUCGAAAACAGCGAUUUUCGUCCGGAUGUCCCCCUUAUUGAGCAACCCGUCAUCCUGACCAAGCGAUUGUUCUCACGACUCAUCGAUUCGUUGACCCAAUUCCUGAUCCUUAACCAAAAAGUUCGCAUUUUGACGCUCGAGGCACUCCCAAUUCAAGGACCGCACAUGAGUUCGCUGGUUGAAGGCCUCCAGCAGAACCUCUCCAUCACCGAGCUGAGCCUGGCGCGGUCCGCCAUCAAGGACGACGGCUGCAAGGCGGUCUGCCGUGCGAUCAUGAACCUACCGAAGAUCGUUACGCUCAACCUGACCGCGUGCCACCUAUCAAUGGCGGGCUGCUGUGCGGUGGCCGAGUUGGUGCGCUUUCAGAAAAUCCAACGCUUUGCCGAAAGCUGGGAGUGUUCGCUGCGGUACCGGGAAAUCGACACCGGUAAGAUGCAGGGACUGCGGCACAUUUUACUCAACGGAAAUCCCGCCAUAGGGGAUGGCGGGCUGUGCGAGCUUACCGAGCAGCUCAAAGACGACGAGUGGAUCCGACAGAUACAGUUUCGCAACUGCGGGCUGACUGAUGAGGGAGCGAAAUUUCUAGUCGAUUGCCUUAACAUUAACAAAACUAUCAAGGAAUUUGAUAUUCGUGGCAAUGCUGGGAUUUCUGUGCAAAUGUGCAAUGAGAUUCUUACGAAACUGGGCGUUGACGUCGAUUCUUCCGACAGUAGUUUGUCGAUGACAAACAGAAGGCCGAAAGGACCGCCGAGAAUGAAGCCUUCCGAGCAGAUUAGAUGCUUGCAGCAACAGCUGUCAGCCGAGCAG